AUGUCGUCCUACGGCUCAAACACGCCAGGGUACAUACACCCAUCCCAAUACCCACCACAUCCCCAACCGCAAUACCAACAAGCACCAAACCCACCAUAUCCCACAACCCCGGGCCCACCAACCUCGCAACCCACCGCUUACUUCCCCCCACAACCCCAACAACAACCCGCCUACUCCACCUCUCCCGCUUCACCCUGGCAGCAACCCGCCUACGCCUCCUCGCCACAGCACCAAUACCCACCGCAAAACCCCAUCUACUCCUCCUCGCCCACCGCCCACGACGCCGCGAUGAUGCACCUCCCCAACGGCCCGCCAUCCCACCGCCGCUCCUCCUCGCUCUCGCAAUCCGCGCGCCCGCACUUCAGCAGCUCAGCGCCGAUAUCGAUACCGCAGCAGCAGCGCCCGGCGAUCUACGCGCGCAGCCACGGCUCGCACAGUUCGCAUGGGUCGCAUCAUAGUCACCAUCCGCACGACCACCAUGCGUUUGGGGAUGGCGAGGAUAUCCAUGAUAAUGGGCAGGUGUAUGGCGUGUUGGAUGAGGAGACGCUCAGGCAGUAUGAGAAGCGGUAUGCGAAGGAUAGGGAGUUGGAGAAGAGGCCGACGUUGGGGGGGAGUUUGAUGAGCAUGGUUAAGGCUUUGGGGUCCAAGAGGGAGUAG